AUGCAAGGCACAUCCAACCAGAGUCCAGUGAGCUCACACCUUUUGAUCUUUCCAGAACGACGACUCCCAGGUUCCAACACAGAGGACCCCCAACCGAGAACAUGGUCCGGCCUGUUGUCACCUGCGGCCUUGUGGCAUUCUUGCAGCUCUGCGGAUUUGCUCUCUUGUCGCCUCACCCGCCUGGCCACCCCUCCCUUUCCUUCGGCUUGCGUCUCUUGGGUUCUUUUCCGCUUCUUGGCUUUCGUGGCCAACACACCACAAUCCUAUUUUGCCCGAACCGCUACACACCUCCCUCACUCGCUUGUCCCAAAUGGAUCGCAUGCACAGCAGGCGAGUCGACUUAGUCGAGUAGCAGAGGAAAGUGGGCGAACAUUGACUUGA